UUGUGGCAUAUUUCUUAUCUAAUACAUUCUUAGAAUCAGUUUCAUUAAAAAGUACACUUGCUAUAACUAUAACAUACCUAAAGCUAAAUCAUUUAAUUUCGCCUACGGAACCAAAAACAAACAAUCACGUGAACUAACAUUUUUUUAAAUGAAUCGCUGAACAGGCAGAUGUCAUUAGUGUUCUGCCAAGGCCUCAAGAUAUUACACCGUGACGUAAUCACAGUUUAGCCACGGCAUUGUCCUGCAAGGGGGCGUAGCAUCACCACUGACUGUCAAUUUUUUGAUGUUAUCGAAGCAAGAGAGCGCGCUACACGGGAAAUAGACUCGUCUCUUUUCCACAUCAGCGAUAAUGUCACUGUAAGGCGGGGUAGCAGGCCCCCUGGAAGUGACUCCCAAUCAGCUUAACCACGCUCUUCCUAGCACCACUAAUUAACCGAAGGCUGAUCAUGUUCAUGUCAUCAUCAUAAAUUCAAACAUUUGAGAUAAUUAAAAUAUUUGAGAGUAAUUUAUCGCAAAGUUUUUUCAAAUGUCGUCAAAUUGAUGGUUGGAUUUUAGUUAAAUAAUCUUAAACAAUAGCUGGAAUGUUUAAGAUGACGGCAAGAGAUCAACAAAGAUGAAGUGGUGAUGAACCGGGAUUUCGUGUUCAAUCACCAGGACAGGCCGAGUGCGUGGGCGCGGACCGCCAGUACGCUCAACAGGUGGCUGUGGGGCGCACUGUGCUGCGGCGUGCCGGGCGUGCCCUGCUACUUCUGCACGUGCUGCGAGCGCCUGGAGGAUGUCGGGCCCGAGAGGGACCGGCCUAGGGUUAAUCAAUCUACAGCCACAGCGGAGCGCAUUGCGAGGCCUCAUCGUCCACAUGCCCCGCGGGGCCGCAAGCAUACACCAGAGACAUUGUCAGCCGUGCGGUGCGCGCUCUCCAAACUGCAGGGAGAACCAGCACCCCCCAUGCUGCCCCACUACGCACGCCGCUCGCCAGAACCUGGGUGAACCCAAUCACGCUACCCAAUCAAUCACAGCCUUCUAGAGAUAUUCCGCAGAAAAUAUCGUUACGUAAUGGCUAUGUAAGUCUGUGCCUUUGCCUGGAACGUAUAUUUAAAAUAAUAGUUGUGACCAUAGAUAUUAAUAGCGAGAGGCCGUGACCGAAGGAGGUUGUUUGUGACAAUGUUACCAGCAUUGAUAGUUUUAAUGUAAGGUAUAAUUGAUGCCGCAGAUGACAUGUUCAUUUUUCUUCACGUAAUGGCAAAAGUAAAAUAAUAUUCAGCCCUUGGCCACAAUCUUGGUGGGUUAAUAUUCACAUUAGACGUUGAAAAGUUGUGGUAACAUGUUUAACUUUACCUGUCGUUUUAGGUAACGAUAUUUUUGACUAUUUAGUUAGAUGCGGUUUGUCUCUUUGUCCAAAAGCCCAGGCUUUGCUAGAUCAUUGUAUAGAAGAUUUAAAUUCGAUGACUCAUUUGGUUGCUUUAUAAUAAUAGUGCUAUUAACGUAAGUUUAUAAAGAACUAUUGAGUUAAUUGUAAAUAAUUGUACGUUUUAAAAGGUCUUAACUAUAAUUUCUAGUUUUGUAGUCGUAUCUUGGGAUGAUAUUUUAGUUUAUUGAAACUUCGAGCCAUGCUGACUGCUGAUCUGUUAUCUGUAAUUAACUCUUAUUCGGGAUUGUAUAUCUAAUGACUUUUCUGAGAUGGGUCCAUAGUUACUGAUCAUCAACGGUUCCUCAUGCGUUUUGACUCAUGGUUCUACUGCCCCCGCGUCAGCUCAAUCAUGAAACAAGUCAUGCAAUGACAAAAAUACGCGUGAAGAGUCCGUCGAUGAUAAAUAAUUAUGGAUUAAUUUCUAUCUGUUACCUACUUCAAACAUUCGUUGGUUGUCACGGUGUGGUGUUUAGUUUUAUACAUUAAUCAUUGUACAGUGUCUUGUUAAUUUUAUAUUGACUUGUAUUCUUAUGAAUAAAGUUUAGAAUAAAUAAAUA